UCCUGCCCAGAGAAAAACAUACUCUACAUGCGCAUGUCAACGAAGCGUUAGUGUCAGUUGAGCGUUUACAUUAGCUGCAGCCAAGAAUAACAAUACGCACCGACUUUUUUGUGUGUGCGAAGAAAGAUUACGGAAAGAAAGGGGAGGAAAUUGAUUGUUUGCGUUGGCAGGCGAGGGCGGAUACAAGGAUAAAUAGAACGCAUCAAGCGCAAGAGUGCUGCAAGAUUACACACCAAGCGUAGUACAGGCAGGCAGCAGCGACAGUAUUCAGUGAGUAAUGACGUAAAUAAUAUGCUGGUAGGUUGAUUUGCACGUAAAACGAUCUAUCGCGGAAACCGAAGUGCUGAGCGGAAAAGGGAAAAGAUGAAUCUGGUUGAUUGUAACCCGUACGGCAAUGGUUUGCUGUAUGCAGGUUUUAAUCAAGAUCAGGGUUGUUUCGCCUGUGCCACCGACAAUGGCUUUCGUGUGUACAACAGUGAUCCGCUAAAGGAGAAGGAGCGGCAAAUCUUCCCCGAUGGCGGGGUCGCUUACGUAGAGAUGCUGUUCCGCUGCAACUAUCUUGCGCUAGUUGGUGGAGGAUUACGGCCACUGUAUCCGCCGAACAAAGUGCUUGUCUGGGACGAUUUGAAGAAGGCGCCGGCAAUUUCGCUCGAUUUCAAUGCCCCCGUCAAGGGGGUACGGCUUCGGCGGGACCGUAUCGUGGUAGUGCUGGAAGGAAUCAUUAAGGUGUACGCUUUCACACAGACGCCCACCCAGCUGCACGUGUUUGAAACCUCCAAAAACCCGCAGGGCCUGUGUGUGCUCUGUCCGAACAGCACCAAGUCGCUGCUCGCUUUCCCCGGUCGGCGUACCGGGCACGUGCAGAUCGUUGAUCUGGCCAACACGGAAAAGGCGCCACAUGAGAUUAAUGCCCACGAAGCAGCCAUUAGCUGCAUUGCGUUGAACUUGCAGGGCACCCGGCUGGCAACGGCCAGUGAUCGGGGCACGCUGAUACGCAUAUUUGACACGUCGAGUGGUACAAAGGUGGCAGAGUUGCGGCGCGGUUCGAAUCAGGCAAAAAUAUAUUGCAUUAACUUUAAUCAUCAAUCGACGUCCGUGGUGGUGUCGUCGGAUCACGGCACCAUUCACGUGUUUAAUCUGGAGGAACCGAAUAAGGGACGCGAUGGCAGUUUGUCAGGGGGAAGCGUCGGCGGUUCCAGCUUGUUGACGCGCUACUUCACCAGCCAGUGGUCGUUCUGCAAAUUUUCCAUCCCGCAAGGCCCACCAUGCAUCUGUGCUUUUGGAUCUGAGAACAAUUCCGUAAUUGUGAUAUGUGCGGAUGGACAUUAUUACAAGUUUGUCUACAACAGCAAAGGCGAAUGCUCGCGAGAAGUUUGUACGCAGUUUCUCGAAAUGUCCGAUGAUCAAACGUAAGAGAGUGGCGAAGCCGAACGACGCUGGAUACCAAGAAGUUUAUAAAACAUUGCAUGGAGAAAGGCUGCUGCGUAAGGAAAGGAAAUUAUAUGAUGUGUAUUUAGGUACGGAUAUGAUUCUCUAGGGAGCGCAACCGGGAGGAAAUCUGGCUGGUAAGCAACGAUAGUGAUCAGUGAGGAGUAUUGAUGGAAGGUAAAAGAAAAUCGAUUUCCUUCAGGUAUAUUUAAUAGCGAUGCAUAUGUACGACAUGAAGGAAGGCGUUACGCUAAGUAAAUUAAAUACAUUUACACGUGUUUUGAUUCAUCCGAUA